AUGAAUAUUCAAACAUUUUAUCGCUUAUGUUACGCUUUAGAAAAUGUUGGUGGUCUUAAACCGAAUAGAAAUGUUACCAUUCCCGAGCAAGUUGCAAUGUUUCUUCAGAUUUUGGCACACCACACGAAGAAUGUUGUCGUGCGUAGUCAUUUCAAAAGAUCAGGUUAUACAGUUAGCAAGCAUUUUAAUCGGGUCCUUUUGGCCUUGCUAAAAUUACAUGAGAUGCUUUUGAUUUCACCAAAAGCCGUCGACGAAAACUCGGAUAACGAGCGUUUUUCAUACUUUCAGGGUUGUCUUGGGGCACUUGACGGGACAUACAUAGAUUGCCGCGUUCCCUAUCUUGAUAAGCCAAGAUAUAGGAAUCGCAAAGGCAAUGUGUCAUUGAAUGUCCUUGCCGUGUGCGAUAAUAACAUGAACUUUAUUUACUUACUAACUGGGUGGGAAGGUAACUACUAUUUAGUUGAUAACGGUUACACGAACGGCGAGGGGUUCUUAGCACCUUACAGAGGUUCUAGGUACCACCUUGAUGCAUAUGGUCAAGGCCCAAGUGCACCUAGAAACUUUAGAGAAUUUUUUAACAUGAAACAUGCCAAGGCAAGAAACAUAAUAGAGAGGGCAUUUGGGCUUUUGAAGUCAAGGUGGGCAAUUUUACGAAGCCCUGCUUAUUACCCCAUCAAAGUUCAAAAUAGGAUCGUAAUGGCUUGUUGUCUCCUUCAUAACUUUAUUCGAACCACGAAUGACUUCGACCCUGAUGAAGAAACGUUAGAUGAAUUUCUCCGUAAGAAUCCAGGUGUGGUUAGUGGUGAAGAUUACAUUAAUACCGUGGAAAGUUCACAAGAGUGGACUGAUUGGCGGGAUACCAUAGCGUUGAACAUGUACAAUCAUUGGCUAUUAUCUCGCUAG